AUGUCGUCGGCCAAGUCCAUGGUCCUGGGGUACUGGGACAUCCGCGGGCUGGCGCACGCCAUCCGCCUGCUCCUGGAGUUCACAGGCACCAACUACGAGGAGAAACGGUACAUCUGCGGGGGAGCUCCUGACUUUGAUAAAAGCCAAUGGCUGGAUGUGAAAUUCAAGCUGGACCUGGACUUUCCAAACCUGCCCUACCUCAUGGACGGCAAGAACAAGAUCACCCAGAGCAACGCCAUCUUGCGCUACAUCGCGCGCAAGCACAACAUGUGUGGGGACACCGAAGAAGAAAAGAUCCGCGUGGACAUCAUGGAGAACCAGAUCAUGGACUUCCGCAUGCAGCUGGUUCGGAUCUGCUACAACAAGGACCAUGAAAAGCUGAAGCCCGCGUACUUGGAGCAGCUGCCUGGACAGCUGAAGCAGUUCUCCCUGUUCCUGGGGAAAUUCUCGUGGUUUGCGGGGGACAAGCUCACCUUUGUGGAUUUCCUCACCUACGACGUCUUAGAUCAGAACCGUAUGUUUGAGCCCAAGUGCCUGGAUGAAUUUCCAAACCUGAAGGCUUUCAUGUGCCGCUUUGAGGCUUUGGAGAAGAUCGCGGCCUACAUGCAGUCCGACCGCUUCUUCAAGAUGCCCGUCAACAACAAGAUGGCCCUGUGGGGCUGCAAGAGAAUAUGCUGA